AUGGCUUCAUGGUUACUUGUCAACGGGUUAUGGAUAGAAGUACCAGUGAUGGUGAACCAUCUCCCGGAAGGAUGGGCAUUGGGCUCCUAUCUCGUUCUGAUUAUCCAGUUCGCUAAUAUUGGCCCACUUACGUUUGCUGUAAUCAAUAGACUUAAUAAGAAGAAGAAGCGAAUCGAAAUAGCAACCAAUUACAUCAUCAUCACAAUUGGCUUGUCUGCAUGCAUGCUCUUAGUCCCAUUGUGGGAUGUGACGUCAUACGUAAAUGGAGUUAAACACAGCACCGCCCUUCUGUCGUUGUCAGCCUUCCUGGCACUAACUGAUUGCACCUCCUCCGUAUCUUACCUGGCGUUCAUGACAAUGUUCCCGCCCACUUUAUUGACGUCCUUCUUUGUUGGGAUGGGAAUGAAUCCAUUUAUUGUCAGUGUUUUUGGAUUACUUCAGGGUGUCAGCGGCAACCCACGCUGUAUAAAUUCAACCCGUGUCAAUGUCACAGCCUUUGAUAAUCUCACCGUAAACGUGACAGACUACGAGACAGAGUACAGAAACAAUGAACCUAGAUUCGCUGUGGAAGUUUACUUUUUGCUUUUGUUUGGGGUGUUACUAAUCAGCCUCGUGUCGUACAUAGCCCUAGUUCACCUGAAAGUCUUCAAACAAUUUCAUCUGAAGUUAAAUGCAGACACUUCGAGAAAAGUCGACAUUCACCAAUAUGUAUACUUAAAUGAAAACACCUCCACGGAGAAAGGUGAAUCGCCCACACUCACGAGACAGUCUCUCGUGAGAAAUGAUUGCGAAACUGACACAGCGGCAAUUGGGAAUAUACAGAAUAGGAGCAAUAACGAAUUCAAACUGGGUAAACUUGACUGGGUUUACUUCUUGGCCAUACAAGCGUAUUCAUCCGGUCUUUUCAACAGUGUGAUGCCUUCAAUUCAAUCCUACUCUACACUACCGUAUGGCAACUUGACAUAUCAUUUGGCGAUUAUCGUUGGAUUGAUGAUGGUACCGACAGCUAGUCUGUGCGUGCACUGGUUUCCAGUAAAAACAAAACUAUCUGUUGGCGUUCUCACCAUGAUAGGUACGAUUGCUGCUACGUAUAUCAUUACAGUAGCAGCUCUGAGUCCCUAUCCUCCGUUAUGCGGCAGUGUGUUUGGAGGGAUCUCUUCGAUUAUGGUGUGGAUCGUGUUCUAUUUUGUAUUCACCUAUAUCAAAAUCUCCAUUGGAAUGUUGUUUCGCAGUGAAGGUAGAAACGGACUCAUAUGGUAUGGUAGUAUGUCUCAGAUCGGAUCGUUAUUUGCAGCCAUCAGCAUAUUCCCAGUAGUAAAUGUUCUACAGUUGUUUCAGCAAGAUGAUCCAUGUAGCACAACAUGCUACUAG